UAUCGAAGCAAGCCGGUGUGCGAUUGUUCGUAUAUAUAGCACUCGACCGGCGGUCACCAAACGCCGUCGCUUGCGCGCCCAGACCGCCGGCCGGCACGUAUAUAUAAUACACAUCCCGCCAUGCUCGCGAGGGCUGCUUCCCGGCCGUGCUCCGGCGCCGGCGAUGUCCCGUGCCGCCACGCACCGAGCACGAGGCCGUGGGGGCCUGUUGGCCUAGCCCGUGGAGCUGCGAGGAGGGGCCAAGGAGCUGUCGUCAAGCUCGUCGCCGCGAGGCCGGCGACGCUCGUGGCGGCGGCCACCGACGGGAAGCAGAUCGUCAAUGGGUCGGCCGUCGCAGGCAUCAGCAAGCUUGUGACCUCGACUGUUGGAAAAUCGACAAAUAUCCUGUGGCAUGACUGCCCUAUAGGGCAGCAUGAGAGGCAGAAGCUAAUGAACCAGAAGGGUUGUGUUGUGUGGAUCACUGGCCUAAGUGGUUCAGGAAAGAGCACGCUCGCAUGCGCGCUGAGCCGCGAGUUGCACUCUAGAGGGCAUCUGACAUAUGUUCUCGACGGUGACAAUCUCAGGCACGGGUUGAACCGGGACCUCAGCUUCAAAGCAGAGGACCGGGCUGAAAAUAUACGCAGAGUAGGAGAAGUUGCAAAGCUAUUCGCGGACGCUGGCCUGAUCUGCAUUGCUAGCUUGAUAUCGCCUUACAGAAGUGAUCGAAGAGCUUGUCGCAGUUUACUGCCGAAUUCUUCAUUCAUAGAGGUGUUUCUGAAUGCUCCGCUUGAAGUAUGUGAAGCGAGGGAUCCGAAAGGCCUGUACAAGCUUGCCCGUGCCGGCAAAAUCGAAGGGUUUACUGGAAUAGAUGAUCCUUAUGAACCACCUUCUGAUUGUGAGAUAGUGAUACAGUGCAAAGUUGGGGACUGCCCUUCACCUAAAUCAAUGGCUGAUCAAGUAGUGUCGUAUCUCGAAGCAAAUAGUUUCUUACAGGAAUAAAGAUGGAUGCUUGCGGCACAUUUUCUGCGGAAAUUGGAUUGCCAAGGGUACAUGUCUAUGUACCUUCUGUUGAUGUAUCACCCUUCAGAGUCAGAUCAUAUGGUUCAUCACA